UGUCUCUAAAUCAUCUUCUUUCUUCAGGCCCUCAGUCAUGAUUCUACUUCUCUUUACCAUAUUGCUGGUCUCAGGUCUGGGCAGUCUCUCCUCCUCUGUGCCACGUCAGUUCCAUCUGGUUAAGGAACUCAAGUCCUGGACAGAAGCUCAGCAGUACUGCAGAGAGAAGUUCACUGACAUCGCCACCAUACACGACAUGACAGAGAAUGAGAAGGUGAAGAGCCUGAUCAAUGAAGCAGGUGUUGAAAAAGCUUGGAUUGGGCUGAGGAAUGUAAGCAGUCCUAAGUGGCUGUGGUCUCUGGCUGACAGGGAUUUGUACAGAGAGAACGAAGCAGAGUUCAGGGUAUGGGCUCCAGGGCAACCUGAUGACGAUGCCAAAGGGUGUGUGUUGGCCACGAAUGAAGGUGGCAAUUGGUAUGAUGAAACAUGUAGUCGAGCAUCCUCCUUCAUCUGCUAUGAGGGGGGAAGCUCCACACAUCCCUAUGUGCUGGUUACUGAGCUGAAGAUCUGGGCAGAUGCUCAGAGAUACUGCAGAGAGAAACACACAGACCUGGCCAGUGUGAGGAAUCAGGCAGAGAACGACCAGAUAGAGGCAGUUAGAGGAGGUACAUAUGCCUGGAUCGGCCUGUUCAGAGAUGUCUGGGAGUGGUCAGAUGUCAGCAGUUCCUCAUUCCGCCACUGGAGCACUGGAGAACCCACUUAUGAUAAGGAUCCCAAUAGUCAGGGUGUGGUGUGCACUCAACUUCUGGCCAGUGGGCAGUGGAAUGAUGCAGGCUGUCACUAUCGUUUUCCCUUCAUCUGCUAUGAAGAACGUAAGGUGAAGAGGCAGAUCGUGAGAGUGAAUUUUCUGGAAGCUUCUCCUGAGAACAUUAACGACCAUGCCGUACAGCAGGCCAUCCUACAGCAGAUUGAGACUGAGGGAGAAUGGGAUGCCGGAAGAUGCCAAACUGACCUGGAUUACACAACCAGAUGGAAAGAUCUUCAAAGAGGAGAAGAAGAAAGAAGAGGGGAAGAGGAGGAUGAAGAGAACUGGGUGACACACACACACACAGCAACUCUACACCUGUCUGACAGCCCCUCAGGCAUGAACCCGCUGCUCAUUACCACACUGCUGCUCUCAGGCCUGUGCAGUCUCUCCUCCUCUGUGCCACGUCAGUUCCAUGUGGUGAAGGAGCAGAAGAACUGGACAGAAGCUCAGCAGUACUGUAGAGAGGAGUUCACUGACCUCGCCACCAUAGACGACAUGACAGAGAUGGAGAAGGUGAACAGCCUGAUCCGUGAAGCAGAUGCUGGAAAUGCUUGGAUUGGGCUGAAGCUGGGAAGCAAACAGACGGAUGACUGGGAGUGGUCCGACGGCAGCAGCUAUUCAUUCAACUACUGGAACUCUGGAGAACCCAAUUUUGGCAGCGAGACGGAGUUCUGUGCUGAAGCUCGGUCCAGUGGUCGGUGGAAUGAUGCAGGCUGCCACUAUCCUAGAAGCUUCAUCUGCUAUGAUGAGAAACCUUUGGUUCUGGUCCGUCAGAAUAAGACCUGGACAGAGGCGCUGCAGUACUGCCGAGAGCACCAUGUGGACCUGGUGUCUGUGACGUCCGAGCAGGUCCAGCGCUGGGUGAGUGAGCGCGCUAAAGGAGCCUCCACUGCUCACGUGUGGGUGGGCCUGCGUCACGCCUGUGGCCUGGGCUGGUUCUGGGUCUGUGGAGAGACCAUCUGCUACAGCAACUGGAUCCCAGGACAAGAGCAAGCAGAGCCCUGCAAACACAGAGUGGGAGCAGUGGAGUCUGGAGGGCAGUGGGUCAGCAACCUGACGGAGACCGACAAACUCAACUUCAUCUGCACUACGGAGGACCCACAGGUGGAGCUGUUACCUGGCAGUGCAGCUUGAUUGAUGGCUACCAGGCCUGUUAAAAGAGGCCUUCCUGUCUGCUUGCGCGUUUUCUCUCUUGUCCCGGCCGUCCGUCUGCGCGGCUGGCUAGCCUCGCUCCAUUCUACUGAUGAGCACUACACAUUUGGUUAACCAUUACA